UUUUCUCCACCUGGGCACAUGACAAACUCCAGCAAGGAUGUUAUUCAUACCACGCACCAGACACUUUGUUCUGGGGAAACCAAAGCUGUUGGCGCGGAAAGGCUGAGUGCCACUGUUUCAUCAAAUCCAAUGCGAACAGCCUUCUGCUGAUGGUGCUUGCUGCAAGAGUGGAAAUAAUAACUGGUGAGUCUAGGAGACUCCCUCGAUCUUCUGAGGAUCGUGCUCAGGUCACCGACAACAAGCAAGGCACCAUAGCUCAGCCCUUGUGGAAGACAAAAGGACAAGUAGAGUGGCUUCUCGGUGCUCAGCGGCUCUCUUACUGCAUGGUCUUGUGGGGCCGUUUAGACCAGCAAUGCAGCCAGCUGGCUGGGAAUCUAUUCUGUCUGUACAGUGAGUCCCUGGUUACUGCCUGGGUCUCUAAUAGGCCUUCCUCUUCACGACCUCAGUGCAUUAAAUUUCAUAAAGUCCGUACUCAAUUCCUGCUGCAAUUUCAGGCUGGAGGACCUCCACAGUUUUCUCAGACUAAAACCUUACUCCACCAUGUGAACCAACUCCAACUUUUGACACAAAAUAUGCCAUCUCUGCCUCAGGGCCAGACUCAGGCCCAAAUCCCAUGCUCUCUCCCAAGCCCACCACUUUCUUCCCUAUCUUGGAUUAGGUCCUGUACAGCAGUGAUUCCCACAUCCCAGAUGAGGGUUCAGUUUUUCAACCCCUUUGAAAAUAAGUGCCUGGAAAGGCCCUUGAAGAAGCUACUGAAAUGGAGGAUGGUUUUAGCCUCUGUGCUCCAAAAACCUCAGGAAGCCAUUAUCCCACCCAUUUUCUACCUUCCUCAGGGCAGCCAGGCCUCCCAGACCCCCAAGUCAGCUGCCCCCUUUCAUGAGUACUCUGAGAGCCAGGUGCAGGAGAAGCAGGUUCUCACACAGCCCUUAGCACCAGCCUGUGAAGUCAGCAAAGCUGUGCCAGAGACAAAAUCCUGGUACUCUGACAGCCUUUUAAAGAAAAACUCAAUUACCUUGCAACUAAAAAACCCAAGAGAAGCUCUACAGCAUGAGCCAGAAGAUCAACUGCAGAAUUUAGUAGUCACCUCCCAGAAAGCUCAGGAUGAUAACAAGUAUUCAGAAAAUAACUUCAAGGGACCUAAGAAAAGUGACUCAGGAAGUCAUUUUUCUAGGAAUCUAGACAAGAAGCAUCUAGGGAAAUGCCUGCAAGAACAUCUGGGUGAGAAGUUGGGGCAACUGUAUGAGGGCCUAGUCCCUGGGUAUGUGCAGAGAUCCUGGCUGACUCCUACUUACAGCUUGAACAUGUCCAGCACCCACAAGCAACCCAGAAACCUAGCCUGCUCCAAGAACCAGGAAACCCACAUGGACACCUCUCAGAACCUCUCCUUCCUCGAUCUGAAAACGUGCCUCUUAUUGGAAGCACAUAUUAAAAGUCCUCGAUUAAGGCUCAGGAGGGGGCGACACUUACAGGCCCCCCGGCCUGUAAAUGUCCACAUAGGUGCAGCCCUAGACUCACUCUUGCCACAGCCUACCUUUACCUCCUUGGUCUCCUGGGACUCUUGGCCCAGAUUCAUUGGCAAAGUUGGAAUUAUCCCUGAAGAACUGUCUCAGAAAGUUCUAGAACAGAAGGAAAUAACACAGUCACUUUACUCCCUGCACAGUCAUCUCCCUGCCUUGUCAGUUGCGUGUAAGAAAAUGCAGAGGUCCUGCAGUGAGACCCCAGCUUGGCAGCACUAUGAGCCCACAAAGGCCCCACCAGCUAAACAGCAGGGUAGGCAUCUCCCUCCUCCUCCUCCCCCUCCUCCUCCU